UUCCCCCCCCCCCCCCCACAUCUAAUCCGAAGCCGGAGAAAUAUCCCGGAGACACGAGUCAAUGGCGAGCGCGGAAGCGGAAGCGGUCGAUUUCGAGCCUGAGGAUGACGAUCUCAUGGACGAGGACGUCGGCGACGGUUCCCCCAAUCGAGGUGCCGCCGCCAGUAUUCCUAGGUUGAAGUCCGCCAUCACCGGAGGUGGCUCAUCGGCCCCGAAGAAGACUAAGGGCCGUGGGUUCCGAGACGAGGCGGCGGCGGAAGCUGACCGUCAUGCUCGCAUGUCUGCUCGCUUUGACUCUCUCGACUCCGAGGGUGGCCCUGGCCCGGAGCGAUCUAUUGAAGGAUGGAUUAUUCUAGUUACUGGAGUUCACGAAGAGGCGCAAGAGGACGAUCUACAAAAUGCAUUUGGUGAAUUUGGAGAAAUAAAGAACUUGCACUUGAAUCUUGAUCGUCGAACAGGAUUUGUCAAGGGCUAUGCUCUGAUUGAAUUUGAGAAGUUUGAUGAGGCACAAAGAGCUAUAAGUGAGAUGGAUGGAACUGAGCUGCUCACCCAGACUCUAAAUGUUGAUUGGGCAUUCAGCAAAGGCCCAUUCAGGAGAAGGAACAUGAGGAGGAGAUCACCUCGUGGUCAUCGUUCUAGGAGUCCAAGGAGGAGAUUUUGAUGGUGGUGGGGUAUGAGUUUUUGCGGGUUGAUUUAGGGUGAAGAUACUAAUGUGAAUCUUUGCUAAUUGUUAACAAUAUGUAUGUUUGUUGUUUCUGGUGAGGAUUUUGUAUUUUCUUGUCAUUCACUUCUUUACCCCUUGUAUGGAUAUUUGCCAGGCUCCUUCAAUUGUGUGCUGCUGUUUAGCUCUAUAGUUUA